AUGCUGGGCGAGCGCGCCGCCGCCGCCGCCGACGCCAGCAUCACGGCCUUUGGCGGCCGCACGGCCGGCUUUGCGCCCGACAGGACGCCCGUCACCAACACCAACGGCGCCAUGUACUUUGGCAGCCAGGGUGUUGACUUCAUGGGCGGCACCACCACCGCGUUUGACAACUUCGGCAACCCCUUCAUGAACCAGGACGGCAGGGGCCAGAUCCGGGGCCGCAAGCUGGGCGAGCGCGCCAACCCCACUACGAUCUCGGCCGCCGCGCCGGGCAGCGCCGGCGCUAUGGGUGGGGCGCCUUUCACCUUUGCCCAGGCCCAGGCCAUGCACGCCGAGAUGAUGGCCGCCGCCGGGGAGCAGCACGCCUGGGCGGCCGCCAUGAUGGCGCCGCCAGCAAGCAAGCCUGCGGCUGCCGCCGAGCCCGCCGCCGCCGCGCCCGCCGGCAGGCCUACCGGCAAGCCCGCCCUGCCGGACCCGGCGGCCGCCGCGCCGGCCAAGGCCGUCGCGCUCCCCGCCACCGGGACCCUGCAGGCCGCGGCCGCAGCGCCCGCGGCUGCCGGAGCCAUGCGCGUGAUCCAGGCGCCCGCUGUGAUGAUCGGCAACGGCAUCACGCCUGUGGCAUAG